AGGGCAAGUUGGUGAAAUUUGAGGAAACUAAUAGGCAGCUUAAUAUCUCAGAUCCUCGAGACAAAGAUAUUGACUCGAUGUCCAUCGCAUCCAUGCUGGCAGCCCAUGAAAAGCACCAUGGCUCCUUCAAUGACCGUCUGCACGUCUGGGCCGCAGCCGGCACACCCCGUGGCUCGCCCCUCAGUUCCCACCUUGGAAUCGGACAAGCGUGCAAAGAACAUGAUAUCGGCCUCACGAUGCACUGUGCCGAAGCACCCAAAGACCUUACCAUUUACAAAGAUCUCUACUCUUGCACGCCCAUGCAGUUUUGCCAAGAUGCCCAGCUCACGGGGGUAAAAACCGUGCUGGCGCAUAUGGUGCAUUUGGAUCUACCUGUUGAUCUACCAAUCUUGAAAGAGACCCGCACGACGGUAGCGCAUAACCCUAACAGCAAUUGCAAACUCGCUUCGGGGAUUGCAAGCGUUCCUGAAAUGUUGGAUGCCGGCGUGAAUGUGAGUCUAGGGACGGACGGCGCCCCGUGCGGUAAUACCUACGAUAUGUUCCGCGAGAUGCACCUCGCGGGCAUACUCCAUAAGGGUUCACAUCUCGACGCCAAAGCGGUGGGCGCUGAGACCGUUCUUGAGAUGGCAACGAUGAAUGGUGCGAAGGCUCUUGGAUUGGAUAAGGAGAUUGGUAGUAUUGAGAUAGGCAAGAAAGCGGACUUCGUGGUUGUGGAUCCGAGGGGCUUGUAUUGUGCGCCGUACGAUGAAGAGGAUGUUCUAAGUGGUGGUGUUGAUCCGAUGACGACGGUGGUUUAUUCGUGUACCGGAAAUGAUAUAGAGAUGGUUGUUGUUGAUGGGGAGUGCCUGGUAAAGGACAGGAAACUGGUGAAGGUUGAUGAACUGGAGAUUAUCGAGGCGGCGAAGAAAUCGAUUAGGGGAAUUAGGGAGAGAUCGGGGGUCAAGGCGGAGAAUAGGAGAGGUUGGAAAUAUGUCUAGACUGGAUAGGAGGUAAAGGCCAUUUGGUUCCAUGACUACAUGGAUAAUGGAUAUGACAAUGCAAUGAACAAAG